AUGGCUUCACUUAUAGAUAAUGAGGGAUACUUACGGGUAGACCCAUCGAUACUCAAGUUGACCAAGCUCUUGUUGUUGACUUUGAUUUUUGUGUCCAUCUCGUUUGCCGCCGUCUCGUCACGUUUAUUCUCGGUGAUCAGAUUCGAGUCGAUCAUCCACGAGUUCGACCCUUGGUUCAAUUUCCGGGCAACUAAGCAUCUUGUCAACACGUCCUUUUACGACUUUUUGAACUGGUUCGACGACAAAACGUGGUAUCCGCUCGGAAGAGUUACCGGUGGAACGCUAUAUCCAGGACUGAUGGUGACCUCUUCUGUGAUCUAUCAUGUGUUGAAAUUCUUGGGUCUCCCCGUCGACAUUAGAAACAUCUGUGUGCUUUUGGCACCAGCCUUCAGUUCCGUCACCUCUUUGGCAAUGUACCUGCUCACAUUGGAAGUCACUUCGUCCUCAACCACUCUCAGAACGAAAAAAACAGGCGCGUUGCUCAGUGCCGUGUUCAUGGGAAUCACCCCAGGUUACAUCUCGAGAUCUGUUGCCGGAUCUUAUGAUAACGAGGCAAUUGCAAUCACCCUGCUGUUGGUCACGUUCUUCCUCUGGGUCAAGUCCGUCAACACAGGUUCUGUGUUCUACGGCUCGCUGACCGCCGUCUUCUACUUCUACAUGGUCAGUGCUUGGGGUGGAUACGUCUUCAUCACCAACAUCAUUCCGUUGCACGUGUUCAUCCUCUUGCUGAUGGGCCGGUUCGACUACAAAAUCUACACAUCCUACUGCACAUGGUACGCGUUGGGAACCUUGAUGUCCAUGCAGAUUCCGUUUGUCGGGUUCCUUCCUAUCAGAUCGAACGACCACAUGGCCGCGUUCGGUGUGUUUGGCCUGAUUCAACUAGUUCUUUUGGUGUCAUACCUGAAAGACACUCUUUCUCCACAGAAAUUCACUAGAUUGAUGUACGCUUUCAGUGCUAUUGUGGCCUCGGUGGGCAUCACUGGUUUGGUUGCUGCCACCAAAUUGGGUCUGAUUGCUCCUUGGACAGGAAGAUUCUACUCCCUUUGGGACACCAACUAUGCUAAGGUGCACAUCCCCAUCAUUGCUUCUGUGUCCGAACACCAGCCUACUCCAUGGUCCUCGUUCUUCUUUGAUCUCAACUUCAUGAUCUGGCUGUUUCCUGUUGGAGUGUAUUUCUGUUUCCAGGAGCUUUCCAACUCGGCCGUGUUUGUCAUUGUGUACGCCGUGCUGGGCUCGUACUUUGCCGGUGUCAUGGUCAGACUGAUGUUGACUCUUGCCCCUGUUGUCUGUGUUUGCGCAGGUAUCACUUUGGGAAGACUGUUCAACAUCUAUCUCGACAUCAGAGAAGAGGUGGCCAACUGGUGGCACGACAAGAAGGAUGAGACCAAAGACUCGUUGUUCACCUUGAUUUCCAAGAUGGUUGUCAGUGCCACGUUCAUUUUCUACCUCACAUUCUACGUCCAGCACUGCACUUGGGUAACAUCCAAUGCCUACUCUUCGCCGUCUGUGGUCCUGGCUUCCAGAGCUCCUGACGGCUCCCAGAUGCUGAUUGAUGACUACAGAGAAGCCUACUACUGGCUGCGGAUGAACACUCCGGAAGACGCCAAGGUGAUGGCCUGGUGGGACUACGGCUACCAGAUUGGUGGCAUGGCUGACAGAACCACGUUUGUUGAUAACAACACCUGGAACAACACUCACAUUGCUACUGUCGGACGUGCUAUGGCCACGUCUGAGGAGAAAGCCGAGGUGAUCAUGAGAGAGCUGGGCGUUGACUAUGUGCUUGUGAUUUUCGGUGGACUCAUUGGCUACUCUGGAGACGACAUCAACAAGUUCUUGUGGAUGGUGAGAAUCUCGGAAGGAAUUUGGCCCGAAGAGAUCAACGAGCGCAACUAUUUCACAGAUAGAGGCGCCUACAGAGUGGACGACCUGGCUACCGACACCAUGAAGAACUCGUUGAUGUACAAACUGUCGUUCUACCGGUUUGGAGACGUUUAUGCUGGCAACGAUCCUGUUGACCGGGUCAGACAACAGAAAUUGAGCGCCAACUACGCCAAGUCGAUCACCGUGGACGUUAUGGAGGAGGCCUUUACCAGUGAGAACUGGAUUGUGCGUAUCUACAAGCUCAAGGACAAAGAUACGUUUGGCAGAGACCUGAUUGAUAUUGGAAAGAAAGAACGGAAACAGCUGUCCAAACGGAACAAGCGGAUGCUUUCGAGAAAGAAGCCUGCGCUUGAUCUGCGUGUUUAG